UAGCUGGUUAAACAGGUUUGAAGUCCAGACAGCGCAGAGACAGUGGAAGCUCUCCGCAGGCUCCCAGCGCGGCCCCAUGGCCCCCCACCUCUCUCCAAGGUGAAAGUGGAAGGAACAGGAGCCUCAUUCCCUCUUGGCACCCCAAAACACAAGAGGGUUUCUUACUGGUCCCCCACCGGCCGCUCUCAUGGCCGCUGCUGACCCCAUCCCUGAGGAGGUGGCUUUGCUCGACCUGGGGAAGGUGGCCGUGGCCGCUCCCCCGGACAAGGUGCCACCAGCCCUGGGUGAACACCCGAGGGACCCUGAAGCCACUCUGCCGUGGGACCACAGCGCCCGGAGCCUAACGGAGCCCACAGAGGCAAAGAGGCGCUCGAGUCCUGAAGGUGGCCGUGAAGCCCCCGAGGAGGCUGCUCUCGCCUCCCCCUCCGCUGAGGCCGAAGAUGAAGAAGCCCCCGGGUUGCCCAUGAUGGCAGCCCACGUCUUCGUGCCCAUCGACCCCCAGUGCAUCGAGUGGACACCAGGCAAGCAGAAGAAGCAACCGGCCCCGUGGCCACGGGAGGAGACCAAGGGGCAACGCGUUCUCCCCAGCGACAAACCCAACGGUCUCCGCCAGAAGCAGAUCUUCCAUCCCACCAGCCCCUCGCGCUACAGGGACCCGCUGGGCUUGGAGGGGCUGGUGGCCAAGCCACCACCCGAGGGGCCGCGCUGCCCGUGCUGCAGGGAUUGCGGCGCCGGCAACCUCAAAGCCGUGGCCUCGGUGGUGGGAGCUCUGCUCCUCUGCCCCUGCCUCGUCUACGGAGCCUACGUCUUCUUGCCCUUUGAUGCCCCGUUGUUGCCCACCAUCAGCACCCGCCUGGUCUACACCCUCCGCUGCGCUGCCUUCGCCACGUUCCCCAUCGUGCUGGGGAUGGUCGUCAGCGGCAUCUCUCGCCUCUGCUCCUCAGCGCUGGAGCCCUUCGGGGAGCUGCAGCGGGAGGUGGAGCUCCACCGCACCUACGUCUCCCAGUCUAUCCAUCUCUUCAUCCUCUACUUCUUCAACAUGGCUGUGCUGGCCACCUACCUCCCACAGGAGGUCCUCAAGCUCAUUCCUCUGCUCACGGGGCUCUUUGCCAUCUCCCGGUUGAUUUACUGGCUCUCCUACGCCAUCGGACGCUCCUUCCGUGUUUUUGGCUUCAGCAUGACCUUCCUGCCGCUGUUGGCCAUGCUGCUCUGGAACCUGUACAGCAUGUUGGUCCUGGAGCCCGAAAACCUCCUGGCCGUGGCAGCAGCAAAGCCCGAGGAGCCUUCCAAGGACACCAGGACCAAACUGCGCUACUGGGGCUGAGUUGGGGUGCCCGGAGCCCACGGGCCGAGCCCCUCUCGCUGCCCUGCUUGAGGCUGGGGGUGCAGGGGGGUCAGGUUGGGCCCCCAUCUCCCUGCCCAGCUUCCCCGGGAUCGGUAAAGCUAAGCUGUAAACCCCUCUGCACCGGGAAUUUCCUGCAGGAGGGCCAACGGGACCUGGAUGGAGCCCCAGAGAGCGCUGUUCCAUGAGGAUGGGUUGGGGUGGGAUUUGCAUAACCGCUGCUGGAGGUGGUUUUGCCCAAUAAAGCCUUUCAA